ACUUCAAAUAAAAAUAGACACAGAAAUCAUGUCCAAGGCUCGGAGCUACAAAAAAACAAAGUCCAGCUGCAGCAGCUCCUCCGGCUUGGAGGAUUUUCUAAGCGUCACAAAGCUGAGCAUCAGCGACGAGGACAGGCAGGACUCUGCCUGCAAGUCGCUCGAUGCCAUCUCGGAGCAGUCUGCUCCUUCGCAGCAGCUGCCGCAGGUGGAUGUGCCGCUCAAUCCACCUUUUGUGGCGCUCGUCAGCAAUCUGCCCAUGGAGACCAGCGAGCGGGAGCUGCGGCAGCUCUUUGGCCAGCACACAAUUCGCUCCGUCAGCAUGUUGCGACGUGGCAAGCGGCAGCACGGAAGCGCCCAACUGGAGCUGCAGACACGACAGGAUCUGCUCGAGCUGCUCAAGAAGAAUCAGUUGCUGUGUCGCGGUCGUCGCCUGAGCAUCACCUUGUGCCAGGAUCUGGGCGCAGGCGGCGAUGAUUGCUGGAGCAUGCACUCGGAUGGACGCUGGAGUCGUCGCUCGGCCAGUGAUGGACGCCACUCGGGCAGCGAUGCCGAUGAGAGCAGCUCGCAGUUUUCGCUGCCAAGUCGCGCUGAGAAGUCCAACAGUUCCUCGCUGCACAUCAGCCGCAAGCCCAGCAGCAGCGAGCAGCUGGAGCGACGCAUGCAGAUUCGACUGCAAAAGUUGGCGGAGUUUGAGAAUGCCCAAACGGAGCGGCUGCAGCGGGAAGAGGGUGAAGCUCCGCCUGUGCCUAGCAUGUCCUGGCCUGACUUUUGGGCAGAGGUGCAAAAGAGCGAGGACUUGGAAUAGCAAAAAGUGUCACACACUUUACACGAAACAGCUGACCUGGGGGCAGGGUUGCCAAACGAUAAAACUACCACGGAACUAGUUCCAAGAGUUCGCAGUUCAAUGAACUGAAUCUACACUUAAGAACGGUUACUUGCAGCACAGGCAAAGAGUGUUAUUUCGGAUCGUAUAUUUGAGACACAGAAAUAAACGUUUCCUUCAACUCUGA